GCCCAAUUUCCUUCGUUUGAGCGCCAAAAAUGACAAAAUCCCUCGCGUUGGAUUGAUGUUCCCGCCAUCUUGAAACGCCAUCCAUCCAAGUUUCCUACCCAACGCCAUCGAAAUCCUUGAUUUUGAAGAGCAAACAGAUUCUGGUUCAGACUCAAAACAUGACCAAAGAGGAAGUUGAGGACGGAAGAGAUGACAUGUUGAUCGAUGGCUGUGAGGCAGAGGUUCCUAUCCAGCGACUUCCUCCUGGAUUCAACGCUAAUUAUCUCAGGGUCUACUACGGGAAGCUCUUUCCUUAUGCAGAUAUAUUCAAGUGGAUGUCCUAUGGAAAUGAUGGGAAGCAUCCUGCUUGUGACAAAUCUUACUUUGGCAGAAGAGAAUUUUCUUUCACGCUUGAUAAUGACAUUUACUUACGGUUCCAGUCCUUUAACAAUGCAUCUGAACUGGAAAAUGCAAUAAGAGAAAAGUGUCCAUUCAAAAUUGAUAUUGGGCCUGUGUACAGUGUUGAUCCUGCAAAGAGGCAUGCCUAUGCACAAAGUGGUGAUAAUGUGUUCACUCCAGUUGAGAGAGAGCUAGUUUUUGAUAUUGAUAUAACAGAUUAUGAUGAUGUUAGAUACUGCUGCUCAGGAGCUGAUGUUUGCUUGGAAUGCUGGCCAUUAAUGACUGUUGCUAUUAAAGUUAUUGAUAGUGCCCUUAGAGAUGACUUUGGUUUUAAUCACAUUCUUUGGGCUUAUAGUGGCCGCCGUGGUGUCCAUUGUUGGGUUUGUGAUCGAAAAGCUAGAAGGUUGACGAAUGAACAGAGGGGAGCUAUUGCAGACUAUUUCCGUGUGUAUAAGGGCAAUGAAAAUAGUCAUAAAAAGGUUUCAUUGACUACUGUUCUUCAUCCUUUCCUUGUGAGAUCUUAUACAGAAGUUCUCAGGGACUUUUUUGAGACCAAAUUGCUUUCAAGUCAGAAAAUAUUCUCAACAGAGGAGAAAUAUGAGAAGAUCUUACAGUUGAUUCCUGAUGAAUCUGUUACUUCUGAUCUUCGCAGAAAAUGGCAGGAGAGUAAGCGAUCCUCCAGUUCGAAAGAUGACAUUAAUGUCAUUCGAUGGGAGCAACUGAAGCAAGUGCUGCAAUCAGGAAGACAAAAGUCACAAGGACUGCGCAGGUGUGUUGAAGAGAUUGUUUUUUCUUUCACCUACCCUCGGCUUGAUAUGGAGGUUUCAAAACACAUGAACCAUUUGCUGAAGGCACCGUUCUGUGUGCAUCCCAAAACUGGUCAUGUUUGUGUUCCAAUCGACCCUAACCAUUGCGAUGAAUUUGAUCCUACCUCUGUGCCAACCCUUUCUCAGCUCUUGGAAGAACUUAACAAGGGAGAUAUGAGAGAUGAUGCGGAUAAUGAACUGGCUGAAACAUCACUUGGAAAAUCAAUUAGGUUUUUUAGAUCAUCGUUCUUGCAGCCCUUGUUAAGAUCUUGCAAGGAGGAGCUGGAGAAUUCUUACAAUCUUAAAAUGCAGCAUUCAAAGAAUUCCAUGAGUUGGUAAUGUUUACAAAACAUUUCCUUUUUGUCUGGAGCUUAACCUGUGGUGACGCCUGUUGUAAUGUUCUAUGGUGUAGUUACUAGUAUUGUAGAAAAAUGUUGAGGAGUGAACUUCAGAAACAAUUGUAUAAUUAGUUUUCAGUUUUUUAUUAUAUGUUUUACAAACAGAAUUACUACAAAAGAAUACUAUUGCACGGAACAGCAUUCAUUGCCUUGUCA